GCCCCUCUCCCUCCUCCCUACUAUAAUGCUAGCUAAGAUGGUGGUUUGAGCGUAAUUUCUCUUAACAAUACCAAGAAAAGAAAGGGGCAAAAUAUCUUUAUAGCAUUUUGAUUAUAGCAGAUCAACCCGUCUACAGUUAUCGUAAGUGACCAUUUAUAGAAAUCUUGCCAUUUCACGUAGAUUGGCUUCCAGCCCCCGCCCAAUUUGGUGUGACUCCUUUGGAGUGGAAUCCUCAGCUAAAUACGGACAGGCCUCGUGUUCUGUGACCAGCCUUAGUACAACUCAACCUCACUGUGCACUAGGAUGUCCCACAGCCCUGAAAUGAAGGACGACCCCAUGGAGUGCCCUCUGUGCAUGGAGCCGCUGGAGAUUGACGACGUCAAUUUCUUCCCUUGCACCUGCGGCUACCAGAUCUGCCGCUUCUGUUGGCACCGCAUUCGCACAGACGAGAACGGCCUCUGCCCAGCCUGCAGAAAGCCGUACCCAGAGGACCCGGCUGUGUACAAGCCUCUGUCACAGGAGGAAAUCCAAAGGAUAAAGAACGAAAAGAAGCAGAAACAGAAUGAGAAAAAACAGAAGGUGACAGAAAACCGCAAACAUCUGGCAAGUGUCAGAGUGGUGCAGAGAAACCUGGUGUUUGUGGUGGGGCUCUCGCAGCGACUCGCUGACCCGGAGGUCCUGAAACGACCAGAAUAUUUUGGUAGAUUUGGGAAAAUCCAUAAAGUGGUCAUCAACAAUAGCACAUCUUACGCAGGGUCACAGGGGCCCAGUGCCAGCGCUUACGUCACUUACAUCCGCUCUGAAGAUGCUCUAAGAGCGAUACAGUGUGUUAACAAUGUGGUUGUGGAUGGCAGGACACUCAAGGCUUCUUUAGGAACAACUAAAUACUGCAGUUACUUCCUCAAAAGUAUGCAAUGCCCCAAACCUGACUGUAUGUAUCUACAUGAAUUAGGGGAUGAAGCAGCUAGCUUUACAAAAGAGGAGAUGCAGGCUGGGAAACAUCAAGAAUACGAGCAGAAACUCCUCCAAGACCUCUAUAAAAUAAACCCUAGCUUUCUACAACCUCCAGCCUGUGGAGCGGAGAAGUCCAAGAGUAAACCCAACUCCACACAGAGAUCCAACAGUAGCAAUGGUAAAGACGGGUGGCCUACACUGUCCGGACAUAACAAAUUGGCCAACGGACUUUCAGAAGACCGCAAGUCCCCUCCGCUGCUAGACUAUCUAGACCAGGAAGCUAGUAAUUCAGACGGGCUAGAAUCAGAGCUGGUUCCUGGCCAGCGUCCUGCCUUGUCCCCUUUCUCCUCCACCUGUGACAGUAAUAGUCCUAAUGAGAAACCUUCUGAGUCGAUGGCUUUGGUGAAUGGAGAGACUUUACAACAGAUACCCACCAGUGAUUCUCCCUCCCCUCCCCCGGGUCUAACCAAACCCAUCUUGGUGGUGCCUAUCAGCCUGUCGGACAUUUCGGCCCGUUCGCCCUUCGAAGGAGCUGCAGCAGAGUCCCAGUCCCUCUUUUCAGACAACAGCAACUUCAGACAUCCUAACCCUCUCCCUGCUGGCCUGCCCCCCUUCCCCAGCUCCCCCCGCGGCAGUUCUGACUGGCCCAUGACUCCCGAACCACAGAGCCUCUUUACAUCAGACACAAUACCGGUGUCUUCCUCAACAGACUGGCAGGCGGCCUUCGGCUUCGGCUCGUCCAGUAAACAGCAGGAUGAUGAUCUGGGCUUCGAUCCCUUUGAUGUCACCCGCAAGGCUUUAGCCGACCUAAUAGAGAAGGAGCUGUCGGUGCAGGAUCAGAGCCCCUCGUCCCCCGGGCCUCUCACCCAAGGCAGUGGCCACGGGCCCGGCCUGCCACCCUCCAACCCAAACCCCGGCUCCUUCCACCACUUCUCCAGCGGCCUGCCGCGGGUCCACCACCUUCACCACAGAGCCAUCUACAGCUCCUUCAGUUUCCCCGGCGGUCACAACAGCCAGGCCAGUCAGCAGCAGCCACCAGCCGCCAGACACCCCUGGAUGGGCGUCCCCACAAGAAAUAACCUCACACAUUUGAACCACUCAGUCAGUGCUGCCUCACACAGUAACAUCCUGGACCUGAAUCUGCCCCCUCAGCACAAUACGGGGCUGGGAGGGAUCCCCAUCUCAGAAAACAGCGGCUCUAUAGACGGAUUAAAUGUGAAAGAGUGGCAAGACGGACUGAGGGCUCUUCUGCCCAACAUCAAUAUCAACUUUGGUGGCCUCCCAAACUCCUCCUCCUCUUCAUCUUCCUCAUCCUCCAACAGUGUUAACCACACUGGCGGGUCAGUAGGGCCAACAGGAAUGUCGCACAGCCUCAGCUGGGAUGGCACAGCCAGCUGGAUGGAUCCUGCUAUCAUCACAGGCAUCCCGGCCUCGGCAGGCAACAGUUUAGACUGUCUCCACGACGACAACCCGCCACACUGGCUCAAAUCGCUGCAGGCUCUUACAGAGAUGGACGGCCCUGCCAGCUCAGCCGUGCCCACACCCCAGCCCCUCCACAGCGGCCUCCUCGAUGGCCACCUCCCUCUCCACCACAGAGCCCCCAGUGGCUGGGCUCCCUACCUGCCCCCUCCCACAGCCAACCCUGCCAGUCAGUUCCACUCCCCUCCACCAGGCUUCCAGACCGCCUUCAGACCCCCAGGACAGCCCGCCACAGAGCUACUACAGAGCGCCGCCGUGGAUCGCCACUGAACACAGACUGGAGCAGAUCCAUUAACCUGUUUCCCAACUUUCUACCCACUCAUCCUGUUGUCCCGCUUCCUUUCCCCCAUGCAAAAACACACCAAUCUGCAGAGUAUGGGAAAAAUUAACUAAAUAACUAAUUUGCUUUCUUCUUCUUUUUUCCCCUCUUCCUCCUCCCAUGCGUCUCCCCUAAAGCCCUGUUUGGUUUUUGUUUGCGGCACACUGGUUCCCAGUACUUUCUGUCUGCUGCCAUCACGACUCCUUAGACCUAGUACUGGGAGCAAACGGGAGAUUCAACGUGUAGCUUAAUGUCACCAGAGCACAAGAAUCAGCAUAGCAUUAAAGAGGCCCAGCGGUGACUCCAGCUGACCCCACAAGCUGGCAAUGAAAUAAAUUAGCAGAAGUGAGGUAAUUUUAACAAAUGUAACUAAUGAUUAAGCAUGAAAACAUUUUGUGUUGUUGGAGAGUCGCGAUCAGUCUUUGAGGAAUAAAAGCAAGCUGUGAAUCUGCUCUUUGAAGCUUUGCCCCAAAGACUCUCAUUGUACCCCCCACCCACCCCCCCUUCAGAGAAGACAAACGGUUAAAUCUUACAGCCAUGUUGUGAUUAAAGCAAGGUUAGACAGCGAUAAGAGAGGUCAGCACUUAGCCUUUUACUGAAAUCAAUAUAAUCUGAAAAUAUAUCCGAUUGGACUGGAGGGAGAACGAAGAUGCCACCGAAUCUGAGAGCACAGGCUAUGCAUGGGCUCCCUGUUAGGUAGGGACACAAAUGGCCUGCAUCAGAGGCCACUUGGCUCAUGCUCUCUUUAGUGAGGGGCCCCCAUGGGCCCCAUCCGGCUGGAGGGAGAAUUUAGCUGAACCUCUGUAUCAGAGGGUAGAGCAGCGCCUUACCACAGGGAGCCGGGGCUGUGGGAACUCAUGGCACACAUCCUGAGCACUAGGGUUAGACUCUAACAGUGCCACUGUGUGGUACCUACCAUACUAGCCCUAACAUGGACAGCCACCACAUGGACAGGACUCGAGUCAAAUACUAAUGAGGGUAAUGGAGGGUGUCAGGUCCCAGAGGGCUUAAACGAGGCCUUACACAGAGAGUUGAGAGAAAGGAGCUGGAGUGUCUGACUGCUGAGAAAUAUGCAAGACCGUAUGUGACUUCAGCAUCCGUGUGUAAGUGUGCAUCACAAAAGAUGGUGCUGUAAGACCAAACCAAGUACUGAAGUAACAAAUCAAGGAGAAUCCAGAUCCACCUCGCUGCUGCCGUUCCUUUAAAGUCUUAAUUCUGAUUGGUGUUCACUCUCUUUUCUCUCUCUGACCCCGCCCCACUGCCCGUCCUUCCCCUAUUUAACAGUAUUCACAAAGAUGAACAAAAGUCGUCCAGGAGAAACCAACAGUCACAGUGGGUUUGAACAUGUCGCAAGGAAAAUUCAAACACCUUUAAGGCGCUUACAGGAAGUGAACUGUCCUCUGCAGGCCUGGGAAAAUAAACCUUAAAUAAAACAGAGAAUUCAGA